AUUUCUACCAGACAAGUUACAGCAUCGAUGAUCAAACACAGCCGUCCUAUGAUUAUGGAGGAAGCGGAGGACCCUAUAACAUUAUGCUGGGUACAACUACUCGCAGCAAGGCCGAUUAGUCCCUCCAGACAUGAUGCAGCCACAACAGCCAUACACUGGGCAGAUUUUGCAGCCAACGCAGGCACACACUCCAGCAACACCUCAGCCCUACUACGGAAACAACUUUGAGGAUGAGCCACCUUUAUUAGAAGAAUUAGGUAUCAAUUUUGACCACAUCUGGCAAAAAACACUAACAGUGUUGCAUCCAUUAAAAGUAGCAGAUGGCAGCAUCAUGAACGAGACCGAUUUGGCCGGACCGAUGGUUUUCUGCCUUGCCUUUGGAGCCACAUUGUUACUGGCUGGCAAAAUCCAGUUUGGCUAUGUAUAUGGGAUCAGUGCAAUCGGAUGCCUGGGAAUGUUCUGUUUAUUAAACUUAAUGAGUAUGACAGGUGUUUCAUUUGGCUGUGUGGCAAGUGUCCUUGGAUACUGUCUUCUUCCCAUGAUCCUACUUUCUAGCUUUGCAGUGAUAUUUUCUUUGCAAGGAAUGGCGGGAAUCAUUCUCACUGCUGGAAUUAUUGGAUGGUGUAGUUUUUCUGCUUCCAAAAUUUUUAUUUCUGCAUUAGCCAUGGAAGGACAGCAACUUCUAGUAGCAUAUCCUUGUGCUUUGUUAUAUGGAGUUUUUGCCCUAAUUUCUGUUUUCUGAAAUGCAUUUAUCUGGGACGUGGACAUCACUGGGUCAACUACACAAAAAGGACUUCAGACUCUUAAAAUGGACCAGCCAACUGCUGCGGUGAAACUCUCGUGCAGAUCUAAUGUUUGACUAUUGGAGCAGUCAAAGUAAACAUGUGUUUUUGUUCAUUUUUAUAGAACUCCUGAGUGCUGUAUUGGACUUACCUGCGGUGUGACUAGCUUCAAGUGUUUGUGCUUAUACAAAUGAGAAGUGCUUUCCUUUCCUGUCCUGCAGCCUUUGAAAUACAACUUUUUUUCUUGCAAAUUAUGAUUUUUUGAUAGACUUUUUAUCAACUGUGGAAAACUAACCACAGAACUGAUAACUCUUUCUUAAAAACAACCCGGUCAUAGUAAAGGAAACACAAGACUUAUUGAAGAAAUGUUUUUCUAAGGAAUUAGGAAAGAAAAAUUGACUGUAUUCUCAACUUGAAGCAAAAAGGGAUCCCAAUGUAGUGUUUUAUGAGUUUGCACUUCAAAAAUUUGACAGUCCUUUAAAUUAUCUCACGGGAGUUUUACUAAGUUUCAGUGAUAACAAGAAGUUCAGUCUACCUUAUUGUAGAUGUGAAAUGUGAACACCUGUUCGGGCAAUAGCAUUAACUGCAUGAUGGUGACCUAGAAUGGCCACAUUAAUGCCCAUAGUUGGAGCUCCAUGUUUCCCAGGAAAAAGAAAAUCACUAACCUUUUUUGAGAAAAAUAUUUAAAAUAUCACAAUUUCAGUACUGCAGUUAUCAAUGUAAAGUGCAUUUGAUGCUUACAGUAAUUAAAAUUUUCCCAAUUAAUUUGA